GGGGAGUUGUUGGUCCGAUAUGGAACACAAGAACAAAAGGAAUAUUUCUUGCCUCGUUUGGCCGAUGGAACCUUGAUUCCUUGCUUUGGUUUGACCGGUCCUCAUUCUGGAAGUGAUGCCACGAGUUUGAUUGGAAGUUAUGGUGUUGUCGAAGAGCGUGACGGAGUCGUGGGAGUGCGUGCAACCUUCAAGAAGCGAUACAUCACAUUGGCUCCUGUGGCUGGUGUUGUGGGAAUUGGAUUGAAUCUUCAGGAUCCCAAUGGAUUGUUGAAGGGAAAUGGAGGUGAAGGUUUCACUGUUGCCCUAUUGGAACGCCACCACGAAGGAUUGCGCAUGGGACCUCGUCACAAGCCUUUGAAUGCAGCUUUUAUGAACGGAACCGUCGAAGGAGAGGAUGUCUGGAUCCCCAUGUCACACAUUUUGGGUGGGCAGGAGCGAUGCGGUUUCGGAUGGCACAUGUUUGUGGAAUGUCUCGCCGAAGGACGUGGUGUCAGUUUGCCUGCUGGAGCUGCUGGUAGUGCCCGUGGUGUUGUCACCGCCGUCGGUGCCUAUGCCCGUGUUCGAAAGCAAUUCAAGGUCCCCAUCGCCGAGUUCGGAGGUAUCCAAGAGGCGUUGGCGGAUGCUGGAAGUGAUGGUUUGAUCUGUCUUGCUGGAACCGACCUCAUGAAUGCCAUUAUCGACAACCACGAGGCUCCCAUGGUCAUCUCCUCUGUCAUGAAGCAAAACUGCACAGAGCGGGGACGCCGUAUCAUUGAGCGCGCCAUGGAUGUCGCCGCUGGAAGUGCUAUUUGCUUGGGAGACAAGAACUUGGUCGGAAACCCAUACAUGAGCAUGCCCAUUGGUAUCACCGUUGAGGGAGCCAACAUUAUGACUCGUUCCUUCCAAAUCAUUGGACAAGGUUUGACUCGGUGCCACCCACACAUGAUUGAUAUCAUCAACGCCCUUCAAAUGCCCAAGGAACAAGAGGCUGAAGCCACCAAGAUUUUUGUCAAGCAAUUCUACAACGUUCUUGGACACGGUGUUUCCAACUUUGGACGCUCCAUCUCCCGUGGUAUCAGCUCCUCCAUCUCCACGAAGACUCGCUCCAAGACCGCCUACAAGGAUGGCGAUAAGUUGUUGGCGUACCACGAGGCGCAGCUGUUGCGUCUCAGUGCCAACUUUGCCAUGACUGCUGACUUGUGCUUCACUCUUGGUGGACGCCUCAAGUUCGAAGAGUUGCUCAUGGGACGUCUGGCCGAUGCCUUGGGUGCUAUCUUCUUGGGAUAUUCCACACUGCACCACUACACUCGUCGCCGAGGAGUCGAAGGACUUGAAGCUAUCACAGAGCACGCUAUGCAACGCUUGGAGUAUGAAGCUCAGGAAGCUCUUAAGGUUGCCUCUGACAACUUCCCAGGUCAAUUGGGACCAAUUGCCGCUGCCACAAUGAAGGUAGGCUGCUUCCCAUUGGGAGGAGUAACACGCCACUACAAGCCACCCUCAGAUGAACUUACAAAGGAGGUGUCCCGACUUAUCACCACUCCUUCCGGGCUUCGUGACAUGUUCGCAGAAACUCUCUACGGAUCUGAUGAGGCAACCUACAAGCAGGGUGAAUACCAAGGAUCUGAUUUGGCAUAUGCCCUUCCAAUCUGCGUUGAGGCAGACAAGAUUGCCUCUACUCUCCGCCGCGAGAAGCGAGAGCCAACACAGGCAGAAGCCGACAAGAUUGCCGAGGCAGACGCUCUGCGGGAUAUCCUGAUCCAGGUUGAUGUGUUCCCAUACUUGACACCUGAAGAGGGAAGCGAGGGGUACGUCCGUCCUGCCAUCUUGGGAACCGAAGAGCGCCUUGCCAACUUGGAACAAAAGACAUUCGACGAUGUCCUUGAAGCUACCACCGCCAAGACCGCAUAA